AUGUCUUUGCCCGUCGCUUUCCAGUCGGCCGUCUUCUACUUCCUUGCCUGCACACCAUGCGCAAAAGUUCGUCAUCGACAAAAAGCCAAGGCCCAGGCGAGGAAAGAGAGGGAGGACAGGGCCAAGUUGGUGGCGGAACAGCCCGGCUUGUACCGGCAUCCUUCGCCGUUCAACACGAAUCCCUACUGGCAGGAGGAAAUCAGCAUGGGUCCGAGUUUGCCCAAAAAGUCCGUGAGCAAGAAUUCCAGUCAACGUGGUUUGACUAGCAGCUCAGGGCGGGACAGUGUGACACCUAGCAUGUCUGAACACACAAACAUUGGUGACAGUCGAACGCGUUUCAGUGACAGUAUGACGGCCAUGCCGCCAGAUGACACUUUGUCCGGGGAUUGGAACCGGCGACGAGGUUAUCAACGCGAAGACGAGGAACUUUGGGGACAGUUGACCGACCCGGGAUAUGUCGGAUCAGGACACAAGUUGAUGGACGCCUUCUCAAAAGCUCGCGACUCCGCGGGGAGAUUAAUCGAGUCUACCUUGGGAAUCGAAAAGGAAGUGACGGAACAGGAACGCCGCGACUUUUAUCUAACCCCCAAGAACCCACCGGUGAAUGAUUAUCACCCACCCGUGGUCAGCAGCAGACCUCCUCACAGGGAUGCCCGUAAAUGGAUGCUGCAGCCGCCUCCGCCGGCCAAGAUAAUGGAAGGUAAAGUUCCUGUCUUGCGUGCCGUCAGCUCCGGAAGCAAGUCGAGUGGCGGGACAUUGAUAGGAGACGACGGCAGCUUGGGUCGCAAGUUGCACGAGAAGAUGGCCAAGGAGAGGAGGACAAGGAAGGAGAGCAACCCAACUGAGGUCGAACUUAUCGAGUCUCUCUUCAUCACCCGCAGCAAUCUGUCAGUAGGCCAUACCCGGAGUCGCAGCCUGUCCUUCAACGGGUCGGACGAUUCCAUUGACAAGCCGUCCGAGCGACGCCGCAGUCGUCGACGUGUGCCUGUGGCGGUGCCUCCCGGGAUCGAAUCUGACGCCGAUGCGGACACUGUUCCGCCACUGCAGAUAUCAAAAACGUUUAGUCACACCAGCAGCGCCAUGGGACAUGUUGCCCAGAGACCCAAGCUGGAAACAAUACACAGCACAGACGGGAGUGGGGGCUCUCGCACGCUGUCAAAAAAGUCAAGGCGACAAAAGUCUGCCAGAACUAAGGCCAACGUCUGGGUAGAUUCUCCAGUGGGAGAUGACACAGACUAG